CAUCGACAUCCAUCUAACAUGGCGAUCUCCAUGUGCGUUUUGUCGGUGGCCAUGACUUCGUAAUGAAACUUCGUUUGAUUCUGCAGAAGCCUGUUGAUUUCGUGCCAUCGGCGCAGAUAUACGGACACCAUAUUGUACGGAGAUACGGAAAUGGCAAAAUAUUUGGCACAAGUCAUUGUUGUCGGAGCCCAGGUCGUCGCAAGAGCGUUUGCUCGCGCCUUGCAGCAGGAAUACGCGGCAAGCCAAGCUGCUGCGAGAAAUGCUAGCGCUGGGAGAGGCGACACUACCCAGAGGGCUGCCGCUAGUGUCAAGCUAGGCAUGAGCCUACAGGAAGCAAUGCAGAUUUUGAAUGUCGACAAAGCUGACCCUGAGCUAGUGGAGAAAAACUACAAGCAUUUGUUUGAAGUAAAUGACAAGUCAAAAGGUGGCUCGUUUUACAUUCAAUCAAAAGUGUACAGAGCAAAAGAACGCCUUGAUGAAGAGUUUAAGCUUCAGCAGGAACAAGAAAGGAAAAAGAAGCAGCGACAGCAAGCUGAAAACACAUGAGAAUGACACCCAUCAUAGUAGCAUUGUACAGAACACAAUAUACGAACGGAUUUUCGCAUAGCAAGAAAGUAAAUGACAUAGUAGCAUUACCGAUAA